AUGAGCAGCUACUUGGUCGGCUUGAGUGCGGCCGUAUUGGGAAACGUGGUCAUUGGCACCGGGCAGUGCAUGCAGAAGUACGGGCUGAAUCGGCUGCAGCGCGAAUGGGAUACACGGCGGGCUUUUCAAAUGGAGGGCAGCAGCAACAGCGCAGCAGCAUACCCAGGAGCAGCCAACCCUGCCAGCAGUAACCACAGCUUGUCCUCGUCAAUGUACUCGAGCGCCGUAGACAUCCGGUCGCGCAGUAGCUCUACAGCAGCAGCAUCGCAGCAGCCGCUUCUGCAUCUUGGGGCGUCAUCAAAGCGGGCAGUGGGGCCACGGCCGCGGUACACAAGCAAGGCAUGGUGCCUUGGGCUCUUGAUGAACUACGCCGGCGAGGUAUUCGGCAAUUCUCUUGCGCUGUCGUAUCUCUCGGCAUCGGUGGUUGCUCCGCUGGGGAUCAUCGCGGUGAUCGUCAACUUGAUCCUGGCGGAGCGGUUUUUGGGCGAGCGGAUUACGGCGAAUCAGCGCUUUGGGUUCAUGGUGAUCAUGGGUGGCGUUGGCUGCAUCCUGCUGGUGGCGCCGCGCAAGUCUGCAGCUGAGAAUGCCAUGCAGUUUGUCGACGCCGUGGCAAACUCUGGAGUGUUAGGAUUGUUCGGCAUUGUGUACAUUGUGCAGGCGGCGCUGAUUACAGCGAUCCGCAAGGGCCAUCAGUCGCUGUUCGCGUAUGUGCUCGUGGCAUCGCUGUUCGGGACGCUGAAUGUUAUGGCGUCGAAGAUGCUGACGAUGUUCGUGCGGCUACGGCUGGCAUUUGGUGGCAUUGCAAACCCGGCCGACAUUGCGUUCUAUGGCGCCACAGGGGCGGCGGAGGCAAAGCCGCUGGUGUUUGCGUUUACGGGCCCGCAGAUCCUGGCGGCUGCCUGCUUAGCGUUGUCAAUUGUUGGGCAGGAGUCGUUCCGGCAGCAGGCGCUGGGCAGGUACCCGGUGAUGGAGUUUCAGCCAGUGUUUUUUGCUACUUUCAAUGUGGUGGCGACGCUGGCUGGGUUGCUGCUGUUCCGCGAGCUGGACGGGUGGGCGCACGCUGCGGUGUUCUUCUCGGUGUUCUUCGCUGGCAUUGCGCUGAUCGUUUAUGGCUCUCGGUUCCUGCAGCGUGCGCGCUCGGUCGAGCUGCCGUCGCACAUCCGACUUCAAAAGGACAACCUCCUAGGCCACACAAAGAUGAUGUAG